GCGGAAGUGGUGCGGCAGCUGCCCGUUUCCAGGGGGACGUAUGUGGUCAGUAAUUGUAUUGUACAGCAUCUCCAUUGUUUAUAGAUGUGCGGGACUGGCAGAACUGACACGUUCCUGUUAGCUCUUUGUUGUGCAGUGCAGUGGUACUGGCUGGAGAGCUAGCGACAAAGAGAAGAAAAGUCUUAUGACCUAACCAGACACGGUGUGUUCCUCAGUAGUACUGGGCGGAUGCUUCUGGACAGCUGACAGAUCUAGCGGCAAGAAGUAGUCGUGGCAGUGGAACCCAGAUGUUGAGGGAGAACGCAUUCUUUAUACACACCCACACCCUGCAUGCUAUUGCUGUAUGCAAUUAAUUGCAAAAGUCUGGCAAAUAGUGCAGACUACACUGUAUACCUGUUGUUGAAGGACAACGUUCUUGGACUAUUCCAUUAAACGCUUUUUAGUGUGCAGUGCUACUGAGAUAGACACAAAGCGCUGAGAAGGCGUGUCUGACUGACACUUAUUGGAGUAGGAGUUCAACCAGAGGCAGCGCUGAGCCCUCUGGCUUUGCGUUACUGUGGUGAGAUUUUGUGAUCGGGUCUUCUACCCUGAUACAAUCCUCCGUGGAUCUUGCACUCUAGUCUUAAGCACUGAAGCAUCAAAAAAAAAAAAAAAAAAAAAAAAAAAAGCACAAUGGAAUUCAGUUUUGAUGUCAAUGCGCUUUUUGCAGGGAGGAUAACUAUGCUGGACCAUAAUCUCGCUCCAGCGCGCAGAAAUGGCAGAGUAGACUUCCAUCAACAAAUGGAGACAGUCAUAGAUGAAAUUGGCAAGGCCUCAGCCAAGGCCCAGCGGUUACCUGCUCCAAUCACCAGUGCUGGGCGAAUGCAAGUCAACAAACAUCAUCUUUACAUCCUGAAAGAUGGGGCAGCCAAUGGGGGAAAAGGAGCAGUGAUUGGGUUCCUCAAGGUGGGAUACAAGAAACUGUUUGUUUUGGACCGUCAAGGAGCUCACAAUGAGGUAGAGCCGUUAAGCAUUCUGGAUUUCUACAUCCAUGAGGCAUUGCAGAGACAUGGUUAUGGCAGAGAACUCUUUGAAUACAUGCUGAAGAGAGAGAAUGUGGAGCCAUGUCAGCUAGCAGUGGAUCGCCCUUCAGAAAAGUUCCUCUCUUUCCUCAGGAAGCAUUACAGGCUAAGAGACACAGUUCCACAGGUGAAUAAUUUUGUGGUGUUUGAAGGUUUCUUUCGCGAUAAAGCUGCACCUGGGAGAAAGCUUCCACCCAAAAGACCAGAGGAAGAAAUCAAACCCUAUUCACUUUCUGAAAGAGAGAAAGAAGAUGUUGAGUUGCCUUGGCCUUUCAAUCAGUCUCACUCAUUGAGUCAGUCUGGCAGCGCGGGGUGUUCACCCACUAGGACAGCACCCCACACCAUUCUAAAUGAGAAAGAACACCUGAAACAUGUGCAGAUUGAGCGACACCGAUCUGCCUUAAACGGGGAAAAUGACGUGGCACAGAGGAGAAGAACUAGCUUCACCAGUGAUCACUUGGGAAUGGCAGCACAAAGUAACAUGUACAGUCGAUAUGGAAGCAGUAUUUCAGCUACCUCUUUCCCAAAGAAGGCAGCCAUGGAAAAUGGAAAAUCAGAUGAAAGCUGUCAAGCAAAAUCCAGUUCAAGUGCACAGCCAAGUUUGAACUCCUUACCAGUGAGUAAAGCAGAGAAGACAGAGCUAGACAUUCCAGCACGUCAUCCUCCCAGUGCUAUAGGUGAAGGUGAAACUGUCCAGAAAGGCCAGGGUCUGACACAGAUACCUCCUAUACAAGCUGAUCCUCCUUAUCCUCCACGAUUUGACAAGAUGUUAACUAAAGAACAAGUGGAGAACUACUUAGGACUAAACAACAGCCAGAAAGAAGAGGCUCAGGAAGGAAGCAAGCAAAUGAUAAAAGAUGGGGAACAUCAAAAAGGCUACAGAGAUGUUGGAAGUAAUUUAAAACUGCAUAUGGAGAAUAGUGAUGCAGUGAAUGAGAAGUAUGGAAGAAAAUGUGUACAACCAAAUGUGCAUUCCCAGCAGCAAGCAGGAGUAACAGGACUUAACACAGGACUGCUUAAUAAUUGCACAUCCUGGACAGUGAUGGGGAUCCCAAAUACUGCACAGUGGAUUAGAUAUAACCAGCAGUUUCGAAGCACCAGACCAUGGUGAAACCAUGUUUCGAAGCACCAGACCAUGGAAAUCUGCAUAUGUAUUUUGCUGCGAGAUUUAAAACUUUUGCUGUUUGCACAGAAAUUGACUAAUUGUGAUACUAACAUUGCCUGCCUAAUACUGGAGGCCUGAUGUAUUAAGCAGUAACUGUGGUAAAGAAAGAAAUGAUACAAUAGUACUAGUUUUUACUGAAUCCUAAGUUGACACUGAAUCUUUGUUAGGCUGACAACAAACUUAUCUCCAGUUCAUCUAUGGAUACACUUUGAUUGGAAUAUUUUGAAGUGCCUUGCACUGUCACUGUAUGUGUUAGAACCUGCAACAGAUACUGUGCCAGCUGAUGUUUCUGGCCUCUGCUGAGCUGAAGUAGCCUAAUAUUUGGGACGCAGUUGGAUAUUUUUGCUAGACACACACACACACACACACACACACACACACACACACACACAUAUAUAUAUUGAAGUUUUGAAUCUUCAAACGUGAAUGGAGAUCACCGUACAGUGCAGAAUGGGAUAUUUACAGUUUUCCUCACUGUAGUGCAGUUUUGGAGUUGGUAU